CCCGCGCCCGCUGCGGCCGCGCGGGCGGGGGGAGUCGAGGAGUGCUGAGAAUCGCGGGCGGGCGGGAGGACGGGCAAUUGCGCCGCCGGGCAGCGAUGGGGGAGCGCUGGGCGCUGAGCGAGGCGGUGCGCGGGCGCGUGGCCAGGAGUCUGAAUCGCUGCCUGUACGCGAGCGCGGCGCGGGGCGAGGCGCUGGUGCCGACGCUGGCGGGCGACGAGGCGCGCGCCGCGGCCGAGGCCUGGACGCGCGCCUUCUUCUCGUGGGCCAUGCAGGAGCGCCUGUCGGAGGACCAGGCGCUGCUGGUGGCGCUCGAGCACCUCGACGGCAAGGCGCGCGGCUGGGGCCGCCAGUUCAGCACCGGCGCCUCGCUCGAGGAGUUCCUCUACGCUCUCUUCAAGCAGAUCGAGCCCUCGCCCUUGGCCCUCAAGUCGCCUCGCGCCGACUCGCUCGUCCCCCGCAUCAGCCACGCCUUCGCCCAAAUGCAAGAGAGCAGCUGCGUGCAAUUCUCGUACAGGGAACUCGCGUAUGCAACCAACAUCUUCUCUACCAAUAAUUUGAUGGGAGAGAGCGAAAUCGGAUCUCUUUACCAAGGAAGGUUGCCAGACAAACGCCCGGUGGCCAUCAGAAGGUUGAAAGCCGUGAGUGAUGACAACAUCCACCAGCUGAAAGAAGAAGUCAAGAACCUUUCUCUCCUCAAGCACAACAAUUUGAACAGGCUGCUCGGCUAUAGUCUGGAACCCAACGAGCCACUUUUAGUCUUCGAGUACGAGCCAAUAGGCGACUUGUCGCAACAUCUGCACAAGGAAAACGGUGACAAUUUGGAUUGGGACUCCCGGUUUUUAAUAGCGAUCGAGACGGCAGAAGCAUUGCUUUACUUGCACCAGGCGUGCACUCCACCCAUGUACCAUAGAAACUUGAAGUCCUCGAACAUUUUGCUCGACGAGAAUUUGUCACCCAAAGUUGCCGACUUUGGAAUCUCCAGGUCUUUGUUUGCAAAGGAAAUCUCCGCUUUGCCCGAACGUAGAAUUGGCUACAUCGAUCCAAGCUACGCACAAACCUUCAGAUAUACGGACAAGAGCGAUGUUUACAGCCUUGGCGUUAUUCUUCUAGAACUGGUUUCCAGCAAGAAGGUGGUGGAUUUCACCAGGCCAGCGGGAGAGAUUACGCUGGCUGCCCUUGCUCUGAGCAAGAGAAAGAGUGGAUACAACGCCUUCAAGUCUCUACUGGACCCUGAACUUAAGCGUCUGGGGAAGGCCUGCUCCGCGACGAUCCACGAAGUGGCCGAGUUAGCUCUGAAGUGCAUAGCAUUAGAUUUAGCGGACAGACCCACCAUGAAGGACGUGUCAGAUCAGUUGCGCAUGAUUCAGGACAGAGAUAUGAUAAGAAAGACCAGAGGAGAAGAUGCCUGAUGCUUAGCUCCCUUUUCGGACAUGGCAUAUGUAUGGAAUAAUCUUAACCCUCCAGAAGACGGGAUCCUGAAGAGGUUACGUAGUCCUGCUGGCCUAAUGUCCCCUCGCGCCGCUCCUUGAAAGAAAGACAAGGAAAUAGCACUCAUGACCUCCACUUCCAUUUGAGGAAGAAACCAUCGAGAAUACAGACAAAUCACUCGAGGUCUUCAGACAAUUCCCAACCCAUCAAGAAUUCUCUGAAGCUGAAGGAAUUGCUGAACACGGAGAUGUGAUCGAGACUUCACCAGACACCACAAGCUAAUUCGUUUGAAGUAGGAUUUCAGAAACAGUGUGCAAUGCACUGAUAUAGCAUAAAAG